AUGCUCAUUGAUAUGAAGCAGAUGCCGGCUUUGUCAUUAGAAAGCAGAGAAUGGGCUGAAUUAUACUCUGGAGCUUUGGAUCGCUUCAACGAACACAAGUUCACUUUGACUGAAGCACAUUAUCUUUUCCAUUCCGUUUUGCCAUUGAUGGAUAAAAAUGCUAAGGAACUUGGUCAUAAAGAACUGUCAGAUAAAUUGAAGGAUUUGAAUAUAAAUCAUGAAUUGACUAACGAAAUAAAAAAGUUGAAAACUCAUCCUCAAAAUAAGACACUUUCAUCCUCCAUCAACCAAAAACUUCCAAAGAUAGAGGUGGAUUAUACUCUCAGAAAAAACGUGCAAGAUUGUUCUCUCGCAACAUAUUUGUUGAAAUUUACUCUUUUAAACCUCGAUCGUUCUGAGAUAACUUUUGAGGAGCAAAAAAUGUUCCUAACUAUAUUACAAAGUAAACUCAAAGCUAAACACAGAAUGGAGAAUCAAAUGGAGACGGGAGAGCAUGUGACAACUAAAAAGAUCGAAAAUCUGAUGGAUGAGAAAGCAACUUUUGUUAAAAAUGUGUUUGAUAAUUUUAUGGUCUUCUGUGCUGAGGAGAAAAUUUAUAAAGGAAUCAGAUCAAAAACUGAUCUAGUAACGAAGCAAAUAAAAGCACUUGAACUUCCUUUUAAAAAUAUUCUCGAAUAUUUGGGAGGAGGUGAAAACAAAGAAAAUAAACUUGUAAAAGAGCUGGCGAAGAAGGAGAAGUCUAACAAAGUUCUCAACUCCUUAUAUGAACUUCUCAAUUGGAAGCUAAAUUCCAACUAUUUCUUGGGGGAAGCUUACAAAGCAGUGGAUCAGUUUGAUAGAGAAUUGAAAUUUUUGUUUGAUUUACUGGCAAACAAUGAGUUUUUGAUUGAAGAGUUUACUCCGAUUGAAAAAUUAGGUAUUCUAUUUUAUUUUUAUUCUAUGGGAUUUUUACAUCAUCCUAAACCCCGACAUCCUUUGGGACUAUCUGGGCACAUUUAUAGUUCAUAUUUUUAA